AUGAUUAAUUAUACUUUGAAUAAAAAAUAUGAAGCCAUUAUAAUUAAGAACACUUAUACGAGUUUUAUAAAUUCACUUGCUAAAAAUUCAACAGAAUGUCAUAUUCAAAAGAAGCAAAAAAUUUAUAGAUGGAACUCAAUUGAGUCACUGAAUCCCUUUGAACGUUUUCUAGGACAAUGUCUUGCUUUCGUUACAUUUGCAUUAAUAGCAAUUUUCAUUAUACUGUCAGGAUUAUUUUUACUUGGAAUAUUUAUAUUGCUUUGUCUGGUUGUAAUUACAUUUGCCGUUUUUAUAAUUAUUUCUAUUGGAACGAUCGCUACUAUCAUAUUGGGAAUUAUUGUGAACAUUAUCAUUGCUGUCAAAGCAACAUUGUUAAUAAUGGCUUUAGAAAUGAAAUCAAAUUACACGAAAUUUGAUUUAAUUAAAAACUCUCAAGAUGCGACAAUAUGGGAAAGUAUUACUGUCAUUAAAUCUGAAAAAGAAAGAAUAAUGUGGAUUUGGUGUAUCAUAAUCGCAUAUACAAUACCGGAAUUAAUUAAUUCACUAUUAUGUUUCAAAAAACGUUAA